CCUCCACCCGCUUCUUGUCCAUCAUCAUCAUCCUCCUUUUUUCUUUUUCUUUUUCUCAUUAAACAAACAAUUAAUUAAGCUUUGCGGAAGGAGACGUUUCCUCGUUUUUCAGCUGUUUGUAUCUUCUGACACACCUUGAUUGCAUUUUCAUUAUAUAUUUUUAUAGAUUUCUCAACACAGAACUGCUCUCUCUCUCUCUCUCUCUCUCCCCAAAAGUUCUUAGUUGCUCAUCAAAGGGUGUUUGUUUGCUUGGCUUGUGCAUCAAAUGAUUUGAAAAGAGAGGGUCAAAUCAAGGGAAGUUCCCCCUGUUUUGAUCUAUUCACAGUUGGAGUGGAAUUGCAGCGGAUUUGAGUCUGACAGAGAGCUUUCCUCUUUGUAAGUGAAGCGACCGAUGAAAUCCCAAACAUAGAUACAUCACAUAUGCACGUUGACAGUUCAGGAAACGAUCAUGAAGCACGUGCGCCUCCCAAUUUCCCUCACACCAGGGUUCUUUUGAGAGAGAGCCUACCUAACGAGCAUCAAUUAUUGGGAGUUGCGUUGAUGGGUUGAUCCACAAAUCGUUGCAAGAUUCAUCGCAGUGCUCUCUUUUCAGUGAAGUAACAACCUAUUUUACCCCAAACCGAUGGCGACAUACUUUCAUGGUAACUCCGAAAUCCAAUCAAGUGCCGCCGACGGACUCCAAACACUCGUCCUCAUGAACCCCGGCUACAUCCACUACUCCGACACGCCGUCGCAGCCGCAACCCUCACACGCCGCGGGAAACCUCGUGUUUCUCAACCCCGCCGCCGUCGCCGGCAACAACAACAACUCCUUCAGCCCUCACGCGCCGCCCUCUCAGACCCAACAAUUCGUUGGAAUCCCUCUCCCCGCUUCCCAAGACCUCAACAACCACUCCAUGCACGCGCACCACGACGUCUCGCCCAUGCAUGGCUUCAUGCCUCGCAUGCAGUACAAUCACUGGAACGCGCUUGACCCCGCCUCGGCGGCGCGUGAUACGUCACGCGCGCAACAGGGGCUUUCCUUGGGGCUGGGGCCGUUCCGGGAGGGUCAGGCGCCGGCCAUGUCCGGCGACGACCUGCGCGUGUCCGGCGGGUCGCCGUCUUCGGCUUCUGGGGUUACCAACAACGGUGCUUCCGGCAUUCAGAGUGUGCUUUUGAGCUCGAAGUACUUGAAGGCAGCGCAUGAGCUUCUAGAAGAGGUUGUGAAUGUUAACAUUGGGAUUGGCUCUGAGUUGGGAAAAAAGACCAAGGUGAUGGGAGAAUCAUCCGCAGCUGGUAGUGGAGAUGGUUCAGUUGCUGGGGAUGGAAAUGGCAAGCGUAGUUCUGAGUUAUCAACUGCAGAAAGACAAGAAAUUCAGAUGAAGAAAGCUAAGUUAAUCGGCAUGCUUGAUGAGGUGGAGCAAAGGUACAGGCAGUACCACCAACAGAUGGAGAUUGUGGUGUCUUCGUUUGAGCAAGCUGCGGGGAUUGGUUCUGCGAGGACAUACACUGCUCUUGCAUUGCAAACAAUCUCGAAGCAGUUUCGGUGUUUGAAAGAUGCGAUUGCAGGGCAGGUUCGUGCUGCUAAUAAGAGCUUAGGAGAAGAUGACUGCUUUGGAGGCAAAAUAGAAGGUUCUAGGCUCAAAUAUGUGGACCAUCAUCUUCGGCAACAGAGAGCUCUCCAACAAUUGGGAAUGAUCCAGCACAACGCUUGGAGACCCCAGAGAGGAUUGCCUGAAAGAUCCGUUUCUGUUCUUCGUGCUUGGCUCUUCGAACACUUCCUCCACCCAUAUCCCAAGGAUUCGGACAAGCACAUGCUCGCAAAACAAACGGGGCUAACUAGGAGCCAGGUUUCGAAUUGGUUUAUUAAUGCUCGAGUUCGGCUUUGGAAGCCAAUGGUGGAGGAAAUGUACUUGGAGGAGAUGAAGGAGCAUGAACAGAAUGGUUCUGAGGACAAAUCAAGCAAGAGCAAUGAAGAUUCUGGUAUGAAAAUGGGAGCUCCACAAGAGAAAGGUCCUUCCAAUGAAACCGAGGCUAUAAGUUUCAAUCCCAAACAAGAGGUUUCUAAGAGCCAGAACACUGCUAUGGUUUCAGUUUCUAGACCACCGACAUCCCCGAUUGGUGGGAAUGUGAGAAACCAAUCAGGAUUCAGCUUCAUGGGGUCAUCAGAGCUAGAAGGGAUCGCACAAGGAAGUCCCAAGAAAGCAAGGAACCAUGAGAUGAUGCAUUCCCCAAAUAGUGUCCCUUCAAUUAACAUGGAUGUGAAGCCCAAUGAGGGAAGCAAUGAGCAACUCUCAAUGAAAUUUGGAGAUGAAAGGCAAGGCAGAAACGGGUCCUCCUUCAUGGGAAACCAAACAAACUUCAUUGGUGGCUUUGGACAGUAUCCAAUUGGUGAUAUUGGAAGGUUUGAUGCAGAGCAGUUUACACCAACACCAAGGUUUACAGGUAAUGGUGUUUCCCUCACUCUUGGUCUUGACUCAUUACCAGGAACACAUCAAACGUUUCUCCCAAACCAAAACAUUCAACUAGGAAGAAGCUUGGACAUUGGUGAACCACAUGAGUUUGGUGCCAUAAACACUUCCUCUCCUCACUCUACAGCUGCUUAUGAGAGUAUCAGCAUGCAAAACCCAAAGAGGUUUGCUGCACAAUUGUUGCCAGACUUUGUUACCUAAAUAAGACAUUGAAACUAAGGUGAGCAAUGUGGUAGCACACUGCUAGUGCUCGUUGUUUCUGAGUCGCUCACAAUUUCUUCAUAGUCCCCUGCUUAUGUGGGGAGUGAUGAAAAAUUGUAGUGUAAAGAAAGAAGGAAUUUUACUUUAGUAUAGGUUUAUACCCUGCAUAGAACCAUUUGAGUUCUUAGAUAGCUUAGGAUUUGAAAGUAUAUGGUUGAGGUUGUAUAUUAUUUUUGUAAGUUCUGAAGGUGGGAUAGAUGGAUUGUUGUCAUAAAUUUUAAUUUGGUAAAAGAUACCAAUAUAUCUUCGAUUGAAAAUAUAUGUUGUGGUGUUUUACAUA